AUGACGAAGCCACGGGUGAUCUAUUGGUUUCGGACAGAUCUCAGACUUCACGAUUCUCCAGCGCUAAAGGCAGCGCUGGAUCUGGAGCCGGAGGUUUUGUGGCCGAUAUUUACAUGGGAUCCGUAUUAUGUGUACAGGGCAAGAGGAGGCACUAAUCGAUGGCAGUUUCUAUUGGACUGCCAAAACGACCUCUCCAAAUCCAUCACAAAACUAAACCCCAAGUCUAAGCUCUUCGUCCUCCGAGAAGCACCGCAGACUCUAUUCCCCAAGAUUCUGAAAGCCUGGAAAGUCACGCAUCUCGUCUUUGAAAAGGACACAGACGCAUACGCCCGCCAGCGCGAUGCGGUCGUCGCAAAGGCAGCCCGGGACACUGGCGUGGAAGUUGUCAUCCGCGCCGGCAGAACCCUCUGGGACAGCGAUGAGAUAGUUUCAAAGCACGACGGGAAACCAACCAUGUCCAUGACGCAGUUACUCUCUGCGGCGAAAAAGAUUGGCGACGUGCCGCGGCCUAUUCCGCCGCCAAAGAGGCUCCCUGACCCCGGAGAUAUGCCCUUGGAUUUUGAGCAGGAUGUGCCAAGCGGCUCUCCUGAUGUGAAUUCCGAGAUGAGGACCAAGAAGGACGCCUCGUAUAAGAGCAUUGCUGGACCGAAGGGGGAUUUUGCAAUCGAGACGUUGGAGGAGCUUGGCUUUCCGCCGGCGACGACCCCGUAUAAAGGAGGCGAGAGUAUUGCGCUGAGGAAUCUGGCGGAUAUCGUAAAGGAUAAAAAGUAUACUGCUACGUUUGAGAAACCAAAGACCAGUCCUGCGCAGUUUGAACCGCAAUCGACGACACUGCUCUCCCCGUUUCUACACUUUGGCGCCCUCUCCGUCAGAGAAUUCUACUGGCAAGUCCAAGAUGUGGUUGAAUCCUACGGCAAAGGAGCAUCAUCUCCCCCGACCAGUCUUACAGGCCAACUCAUCUUUCGGGACAUGUAUUUCGCAGCACAAGCCGACAUUGGCGCAAACUUCACGCAAACGGCUGGAAAUGCGCACUGCCGCUUCAUCCCAUGGCAUCUACCAUCCGAAGUGGACAAGAGCACGGGUAUCGUAACUGACAAAUACAAGAUUGACUCCGAAGAAGCAGAGCAGUGGUUCCAGCGGUGGAAGCAAGGCGUCACUGGAUUCCCCUGGAUAGACGCCCUCAUGCGCCAGCUCAUUCACACAGGCUGGAUGCACCACCUCGGCCGGCACAGCGUGGCAUGUUUCCUCACACGGGGAGGCUGCUACAUCGACUGGGAGAGAGGUGCGGAAGUCUUCGAAGUGCAUCUGAUAGAUCAUGAACCUGCCUGCAAUGCAGGCAACUGGCAGUGGUUGUCGUGCACGGCGUUUUUCUCACAGUACUUUCGGUGCUAUAGCCCCGUUUCGUUUGGUCAGAAGUGGGAUAAGAAUGGGGAUUUGAUCCGUAAAUGGGUGCCGGAGCUGAAGGAUCUAGAUGCAAAGUAUAUAUAUGAGCCGUGGAAAGCGCCGAUUCAGGAUCAGAAGAAGGCGGGCGUGAGGGUGACGAGGGAUGGAUUGGGGGAUAGGGAAGGGGGCACGUAUCCGAAGCCGAUGUUUGACUUUGGCAAGAGGAGGGAGAUUUGUAUUAAUGCCAUGAAGAAGGCGUAUGGGGUUGGGUUGUACGGGGAUGAUGAGAGGGUGAUGGAUGGGUCGUGGAGGGAAUUGUUUGGUGAUGAUGCAGGGGAGAUGAUGGAGAGGAUUGGAAGUGAGAGUGAUGAUGGGGCGAAUGCGGAUGAGGGAGAUGAGGAUGUGGGUGAGAAGAGAGGGAGGAAGGACGCUUCAAAGGCAAGUGUGAAGAAACAAAAGACGUAG